GUCACUCUCUCUCUCGCUCUAUUCUCUCCCCCUUCCCCCUCCUCUAAGACAGGUUUACAUGCUGACCUCCACCUGGGUAUUAAUGUUGUGUUUAAACAGGUGCAGAUGGAGGAGAAAAAAAAGGGCCACAAAUACUGUGGAAUGACCAGAGCUUGACUCAUCAUCAUCAUCAUCGUCGUCCUCCUCAUGCUCUGGCUUUGACCAGCUGGGUCUUGCUGAGAUUCCCGUGUGUGUCUGUGUGUAUGUACAUGUGAUCAAAGCUCCCUAAGCAUCACCUGUUAGCGAUGACAACACUGACAGUAGACCCAUUUGGUUUUGUUUUGAUUCAAGAGUAAUAGUCUGAACAUGAUGAAGAGGUGUGUGUGUGUGUGUGUGUGUGUGUGUGUGUGUGUAUGUGUAUGUGUGUGUGUGUGUGUGUGUGUGUGUGUGUGUGUGUGUGUGUUUGAGUAACGUUGGAUUAAUUGACACACCUGUGUUUCAUCCGCGCGGUACACGCCACCAUGCGUCUUUCAACGAGGGACAGCAGCUGCCGUGUUGGAAAAAGUGACUAAUCUGUGAAGGUGGGGCACUUUAAGAUCAUCGGCAUUCUGCGUUGGUUGUUAGACUAUUUUCAGAGCCUUACCUUACCCUAUAGUAUAGUAACUACCCACCAUCCUCUGCUUCCUAAAGUUUUCUCAGUAUUUUCUUUCUGAGGGAUGGUGUAAUAACAAAGUAAAUACACAGUUGAAGUGCAAUAUACACACUCAGCUCACACCUUCUCACUUAAUGAAAUUUCAGGAGCCAAAAGGUGUCCAAACUUGUCUAGGGUUAAUGCUUAGAUUAGCUGCAUUGGGUCAGUAAGCGGGGAUAUCACGUAUACAUUCUUCAGUGACCCAGGAUAUUUUGGUUAGGAAAUCAAAGAUAUCGAUUGCAAAACUACAACCCCUUUUUUCUGUACGAUCUGCAUAACAAAUAAGGACAAUUUCACAACUCAUAUCAGCCAAUCACUGCUAUCUUUCUGGAACCCUAUGACCUGAAAGGGAGGGGCAGGGGGGGUUAAAGUGGGAGGGGAAGGUAUACGGGGGGGGGGGGGGGAUAAGGUGAGGAGCCAAACACUUAAGGCUUAUACCUUGACUACUCAACCUGCAACCCUGUGACUCAACAGAGCUCCUCCAACCUCAGAGUGCAUUCUUCUUCUCUUCAGAAGACUCCAAACCCGGGCAGAUCAUCAGUUCUCACACUGAUGCCAGCUCCUCAGAGGCAGACAUGACUCCAAUGGACGGACAUUACUCUCUCACAUCCUCGUUUAUUUAAUGACAAAACAAGCGACCACCACCGCCUCCUCCCCCAAGCGCAUCUUUUGGCGGACUAAGGAGCCAGGGCUGCCCACACUUUCCUCCUGGCGUCCUAUCUUGAAGACUUGACGAUUAUUUUUCCAAGGUCCAGGACAAUGUUUGGCGCUGGUCGGCUGGUGUCCAGCCUCUUACCCACCGUCUUCCCCUCGCCCGCGACCCACUUCUUCCCAGCGUUCCAUGCGAGGCUGGCCUCUCCGGCGGCGGGGCACCUCCUGUUCCCGGGGCCCUUCCUGAGCUACGAGUCGCUGAGGAGUUACCUGCAGCCCCACCCCGGCAAGGCGGAAGCCUUCCUGCUGGCCUCGCACGCGGCCGCCAUGGGCCGACUCACAGAGGGGAUGGAUGAACAGAGGCCAGCGAAGCAGCGGCGUGCGCGCGCCAACUACAGCAGCUGGCAGCUGGAGGAGCUGGAGAAGGCCUUCGAGAGCACCCACUACCCGGACAUCUUCAUGAGGGAGGCCCUGGCCCUCCGGCUGGACCUCAUGGAGGCACGGGUGCAGGUGUGGUUCCAGAACCGCCGCGCCAAGAUGCGACGCCAGCUGAAGCUCCAGAGCCAGCUGGCGGGACGCUACACCGCCGCGGACGUCAAGGCCACGGUGACCUGCGGCCAGGACGCACAGAGGGACCUCAAGAGUUCCCCCCACGCGGCCGAGGGCUCCGACGGCGAGCGAUGGGAGGGACGAGAGGACUUAUGGGCGGCGGAUGCGACCCGAGACGCGACCCAGGACCGGACGCGGCCCGUUGGCGGGAGGUGGGGGGGCGGCGGCGGCGUUGGGGGCGGCGGUGGGGAGGGUCCCAGCUCGGAGGACUUGCGUUCCUGCAGCAUCGCCAAGCUGCGGGCCGAGGCCAGGAGACACGCAGCAGAGAUACGAGGCACGGCGGCGGUGGCGUCCAGAGAGGAGGAGGAGGAGGGCGCGUGCGUCACACACACAGGAAGAGGGCUACAGGAGGCAUGACGAAUGGCCUUUUGCUCCUACUUGUACUUCCUGUGUGUACUGAACAGUCUGAUUAAGAGGAGUAUGGGGAGUCUUUGAACUAUCUAUAGCCCAAAUGAGGUCAGAGAGGGACUUAUUUAGUCGGGCUCUAAUGGGAGGGCCAUAGUUAAGUUUUGCUGAUGAUUAUCUUUUAUUUUAUUUCAUUCUUAUUUUUUUACUCUUUUGAGUUUACUUGUCUUGUUUGUACAGUUUGGUGCCCAUUAUAAAGGAGUUUUGUCUUGGAACAUUCAUUAAUAUUUACUUUUUAUAUUCCUGCCAGGCCUUUUUUUGUUAUUGUGUAACAUUUUGUUAUAUAGCUGUUUUGCUCCUUUUUUAUUUCAUAUAUCUAAAAGUGUACAUAGCUUUGUUUAGUAUUUGUCUCAAAAUAAAAGUAUACAGCCAACAUAAAAUCUGUUGACUGCACGGUAAAAUGAACAUGUAAAACAAAAAAAGGUGGAAUAUCUCUGAAGGCAAACAUAAUCUCCAAACAAACAAACAAUCAUGGUUUUAAAGAAAAGGGGUCUGUACUCUGUAGAUGUCUGAAUGAUGUCAUCAGUUUUCAGGCUUCCUCUGACCGGCAGGAUGUCUGACCCAACACAAGACACAAACUAGGACAGGAAACUAUGGAAGUUGCUGUAAAUUGACCUUGCCAACUGUCACCUCAGAAAGUAAUCAACAACUCAUAUUCUGUAUCAGUCAUUUAACCCUGAAUUCGAAAAGAGUCAACAAUUGUGUGGUUACAAUUUUAAUUGGAUAACAAUAGAGUCCAGGAACAUCAACAGAAGUUGUGUUCAAGAACAUCAUUUGGUGUUUGGAGACACCUAGCCUCACAUAUCGUGUUUCACCAAAUAAUUAAAUUCUGCCUGUGUAGGAGUCAAAUAUUGUUUCAGGUACCAUAUGAGUAUUGGAUGUUGUAUAUAUAUUUUGUUUGUUUUACAGAAAUACUGCUGAUAAAACGUGACCUUAUUUAACAAAAAACACAAUAUAUAUAAAUACAUACAAAUCUUAUCACAAACACAGAAAUCCUGAUAAGAAAUUCUCUUCCAUUUAUUUUCAAGACUGUUAAUUUCCCGUCAGUUUUCUGUAUCAUUCAACAAAAUACAAACAACUCCGUCCACGAAGAAGCCCACAGUGCCUCAUUAAUAAGACACGUGUAUCUCAGCUGCUGAAUUAAAAUGCAGCCCUUCCUAUUCAUAGAGUUUAUGUUGUUGUUUGUGUUCAUGUUUAAAUAGCCUAUGUUUUGAUUCGGUGGCAGUUGUAGUCUUACAGUGCCCUCCACUGGAUAUAAAAAAAAAAGAAUACACCUAUUAUCUCAAAUAUGAUGGCAUGAGCACAAUUAUUAUUUUUUAUAAAAGCCUUGCGAAUCAUUCUUCUUCCAUGCCCAUGUUGACAGUGAUUACACUUCAGAGAGAGAACAUUAACAUUUCAGACAAAAUAAAGUGGAGCUCAAUGAUAUUUUCAGGACAAAGGUCCACAGUUCACAUGCAUUAAUUAACUGUUCGUCCCUUUAGUUAUGGUGGACAUUACGAAGCCAGUGUACCAAGGGGGCUAUAGCGUUCUAACACCAAUCAAUAAACAACGUUUUCCCAUUAGUUCAUAAUCUCUGACCUAGCAGCCACGUAUAUGAGAAUGAGACACAUGUGUAAUCAAAAUCUGUGUUGGGGGUCUUGUCUGAAUUCCAACAUUCAAUGCAAAUAUAACA